GGAGUUACUGUAGUGAGUACAGGCUGAGGAGAAACGUUGUGCCACCACACCACCAGGAUAAAGUACACCACUUGGGAACAAAGCCUCACUUAUCUAUCUGUAUAAUAAAGAAAGUGAGCCUAACCUUUGAUAUCCAGACAACAUAUGGAGAGGGGAAACGUCUAAUAGAGGAUAAAAAUGUCUACUUGGCAGAGCUGUGAACAGCGCUCAUCCAAUCUUCAAUACAUCGAGGGCACAUAGUUGCAUCUUCUCGUUGUUGCAUGCUUAGAGCAAAUAUUUGCCAUGGGAAGGUUUUGCAUCUCCUGCUUAUUUCCUGCUUCGUGGCAUUUCAGUUUAUCGCCUUCAGCGUGCCCUCGGCCUCUAAACACGACCUAUCGUCAGUUGACAGCUGUUGCAUUGCUCACCAUUUUAAUCUCGCUGCUCUACAUUUUGCUGGUCUUGGACAGGAAUCGAUGGGGACGUUUCUACCAGGAUAAUGGAAAUAGAUACUUAACCAAAUUGAUGGACAUGGAGGCCACUGAUAUAAAGAAUCCUUACUUGAACUAUGGCGUAGUAAUAGAUUGUGGGAGUAGUGGCUCAAGACUCUUUGUGUACUGCUGGCCAAGACACAACGGGAACCCACACGACCUCCUCGACAUCAAACAGAUGAGGGGCAAGAACAGUCUACCUGUGGUGAUGAAGAUUAAGCCAGGUAUUUCAGACCUGGCAUCAACACCAGAAAAAGCUAGUGAUUACCUCGCACCUCUUUUGAAUUUUGCUGCAGACCAUAUUCCUCAUUCUAAACAUCAAGAGACUCCUUUAUACAUCCUAUGCACCGCAGGCAUGAGGAUUGUGCCUGAAAACCAGCAAAAUGCCAUACUUGAAGAUCUCCGUACAGAUAUCCCACUUCACUAUGAUUUCCUGUUUGCGGACUCGCAUGCCGAGGUAAUCUCAGGCAAACAGGAAGGUGUAUAUGCCUGGAUUGGAAUUAACUUUGUCCUGGGAAGAUUUAACCACAUCAGUGCUGGUGAAGAUUCUGUGGUGAAAGUCAAUGUUCCUGGCACUGAAACCCAGGCGGCCGUUGUCCGCAAGAGGACAACUGGUGUACUGGACAUGGGUGGGGUUUCCACUCAGAUAGCCUAUGAAGUCCCCAAAACUGUAAGCUUUGCCUCUUCACAACAGCAGGAGGAGGUGGCCAAGAACCUGCUGGCAGAGUUCAACCUGGGCUGUGAUGCUCAUCACACGGACCAUGUAUAUCGAGUCUACGUCACCACGUUUCUAGGUUUUGGUGGGAAUGCUGCCAGAAAGCGAUAUGAGGAACAGAUUGUCUACAAGACUACGCUGACAAACAGGUUACUGGGGCAGAAGACGGGCACAUCUGAGGACAUCCCAUACUUGGACCCUUGUUUGCCGGUUGACAUCAAGGAUGAAAUUCAUCGAGACGGGCAAACUGUGUACUUGCGUGGACUGGGAGACUUUGACUGGUGUCGGGAAGUGAUUUUCCCCUUGUUAAACAAGACUAAUGAGACUUCAACGUCCAUCAGUGGAAUCUACCAGCCCCCGCUGGACUACAGAAACAGUGAAUUCUAUGGUUUUUCUGAAUUCUUUUACUGCACUGAAGAUGUCUUGCGCAUGGGUGGUGGCUACAAAGUCGCGAAAUUCACAAAGGCCGCUAAGGAUUAUUGUGCAACAAAGUGGCCAGUCCUGAAGGAACGCUUUGACCGUCGCUUGUACUCCUCUCAUGCGGACCUGCACAGACUGAAGUAUCAGUGUUUCAAAUCGGCGUGGAUGUAUGAGGUUCUUCAUCGUGGCUUCUCCUUCCCUGUGAACUACACCAACUUGAAAACGGCUCAGCUGGUCUAUGAUAAAGAGGUUCAGUGGACACUUGGAGCAAUUCUCUACCGCACUCGUUACUUACCCUUGAGGGACAUUCAGCAAGACGCCUUCAAGGGGAACCACACACACUGGAGGGGCUUCUCCUUUGUCUACAACCAUUAUUUAUUCUUUGUCUGUUUCCUGGUGGUCCUCUUGUCCAUCUUCCUCUAUCUGCUGCGACUGCGUCGGAUCCACCGCAGGAUGCUGCACAACACCUCGCCUGCUGCUGCCCUGUGGAUGACUGAAGGCGGGCUACCUCAGAUAACCGAAGUCUCCUGAAGUCCAGUGGCUGAGGGAUGGCAGAUGUGACUCUUGCUUUUCAGGGUGGGAUUUGGCCACUGCCGUGACUGUCAGUGAGGAACACUGGCGUUGUGCAAAACUCUGAAAUUGAAUCGGUUAGGCUGCCGUCUGGUUUCGAGUUUCCUUCUGAACAUUCUUCAGAUCAUCAUCUGCAUUUUUUUUUUUUUUUUUUAAAUUUUAAUUUUGGAUAGCCACGACUGAUCCAUAUGUUUCCUUCUGUUGGUUUGUCAAGUGGCAGGCUGCAAAAACAUGAUCUUCAACAUAUGUGUAACAGAGUUUAUGAAGGCGGGCCAGAAUAUCCGAAAGUUGUUAAAUUCCUCAACAAAAAGAACCGCAAUCAACCAAGCUUGAGACUUUGAGUACCAAUGUUUUCCAUGUUGCUGUUUUAAAAACAAUGUGGUAUCGAAAACCAUGUUACUUUGGCAGUGUGUGUGUGGAGUAUCCUAAGCCAAGCCUGGAUGUCUGCUGUCAAGCUGGGCCAGUACGUGCUUGUAAUAUGGAAAAUUAAUGACAAUCGAACAUCUUUAUGUUUAUUUAUAAUUGCAAUAAAUGGAAAUGAAUGAGACGCAUUUGUUACUUAGCAAUCAAUGACCUGUCGUAAUAAAUGUCUUUAUAAAAUGUUA